AUAAAAACAAAAAACCCAAGGCUAGCAGAUAAUAAGAGAGAGAAAAACAUGACGCAGAGAUUGAGGAAAAAAAACAAUAAAACCGAAGAAAAGCGUUCUUGAUAUGCACAUUAGGAAAGGUUUGAAAUUUGAGUCAAAAUGUGUAUCUUCUCUAUCCCAAGAAAGCCAUCUCCAGCUUCUAUUACUUCUUCUCACUUUUCUAGUCCACCGUCACUUCUUCUCUUCAUCCUCACUCUGCUUUCCGCCGCCACUUUCUGGACACCCGCCGCCGCCGCACCCAACCACGAGGCUACGGCCCUCUACUCAUGGCUGCACUCCUCGGCCUCACCGCCACCGCCCCUUUUCUCUUCUUGGACCCCCCUGGACACCAAUCCGUGCAAGUGGGACUUCAUUACGUGCACCUCUCAAGAACUUGUCUCUGAGAUUAACAUUCAAUCUGUCAAGCUUGAGCUCCCCUUCCCUGCAAACCUCUCUGCAUUCACACACCUGGAGAAGCUUGUGAUUUCUGAGGCAAACAUCACAGGGACUAUCCCGGCCGAGAUCGGUGACUGUUCCAAGCUCACACUCAUUGAUUUGAGCUCGAAUAGCCUUGUGGGUCCCAUCCCUUCAACCAUUGGAAGGCUGUGGAAUCUUCAAGAUUUGAUCUUGACAUCUAAUCUGCUCACUGGGAAAAUCCCUGUUGAGCUUAGCGCUUGUUCCGCCCUGAAAAGCCUUGUCCUUGUAGAUAAUCGGCUGUCUGGAAAUCUGCCAAAAGAAUUAGGCGUCUUGCAGAGUCUUGAAGUUCUCAGAGUAGGUGGGAAUCAUGAUAUCGUUGGAGAAAUUCCAGAAGAGAUAGCCAACUGUGGGAAUUUGACUGUUUUGGGCCUUGCCGAGACAAGUAUCUCAGGUUCACUGCCUGCUUCAUUGAGUAAGCUUCAGAAACUCCAAACAUUGUCUAUUUACACCACAAUGCUUUCUGGUGAAAUCCCUUCUAGUUUAGGUAACUGUUCUGAGCUUGUGAACUUGUAUUUGUACCAAAACAGUCUUUCUGGCUCAAUCCCGCCUGAGAUUGGGAAUCUGUACAAGCUAGAACAGUUGCUUCUCUGGCAAAACUACUUAGUUGGGAGUAUUCCAGAACAAAUUGGGAAUUGUACUAAAUUGACUAUGAUUGACCUGUCCUGGAACCAUUUAUCUGGAUCCAUACCGUUGUCUUUUGGUGGGCUUCUUGAACUUCAAGUACUCAUGCUUAGUAAUAACACUAUUACUGGAUCAAUCCCUUCUGUUCUGUCAAAUGCAAUAAGCUUACAACAAUUGCUGCUUGAUGGAAACCAGAUCUCAGGACUGAUUCCACCUGAGUUGGGGAAUUUGUCAAGCCUUCAAGUGUUCUAUGCUUGGCAGAAUCAGCUUGAGGGUAGUGUGCCCUCAAGCUUGGCUAGUUGUACUCACCUUGAGGCCCUAGACCUGACCGAUAACUCACUCACUGGUACUAUACCUCCAGGCUUGUUCCAACUAAAGAAUCUCUCAAAGCUGCUGUUGUCGACUAAUGAUAUUUCAGGCACAUUACCUCAAGAGAUUGGUAACUGUAGCUCCCUAGUGAGGUUGAGGCUUGGGAACAACCGAAUCACUGGUAUCAUUCCAAAACGGAUUGGAGGAUUGAAAAGCUUGACCUUUCUUGAUUUUACAGGAAAUCGGCUUUCGGGCCCUGUGCCUGAUGAGAUUGGAAGUUGUGUGCAGUUAGAAAUGGUUGAUCUGAGCAACAAUGCAUUGGAAGGUCGACUGCCUGAUUCUCUUUCAUCACUCUCCGGGCUUCAAAUUUUGGAUCUUUCAAACAAUCGUAUCAAGGGCCCCAUACCGGAAAGUGUUGGGCAUUUGAUUUCGUUGAACAAUCUCAUCCUCAACAAGAAUUUGUUAUCUGGACCCAUACCCCCCUCGCUUGGUCACUGUUUAAAACUUCAAAAACUUGAUCUAAGCAGAAAUGAGCUCUCGGGUAGUAUCCCAGUCGAGAUUGGGAAGCUUGAGUCACUUGCAAUCACACUCAAUCUCAGCUGGAAUGGAUUAACUGGACAGAUUCCCAAUGAAAUCUCUUCCCUCACUAAACUUUUUGCACUUGACCUAUCACACAACAAGUUUGGCGGGAGCUUAAGUCCAUUGGCCAAGCUCGAAAACCUCUUGUCCUUGGAUGUUUCUUUCAACAACUUCACUGGUGAUCUUCCUGACAACAAUCUCUUUCGGAAAUUAUCUCCAUCAGCUCUUGCUGGAAAUCAUGGACUAUGCAUUUCUGUUGGCAAAGACUCGUGCUUUCAUGGCAAUGUCCUUGGAAAUGCGGCAAGGAAGUCAACAAAACAACUUAGACUGGCUAUUGCAUUGCUCAUCACGAUGACUGUCGUAAUGGUUUUCACCGGCAUUGUUAUUAUAUUGCGAACAAGAAAGGCUAUGAGAGGAGGUGAUGAUGAUUGUGAGAUAGGUGAGUCGUGGACAUGGCAGUUCACUCCCUUCCAGAAGCUCAACUUUUCAGUGGAAGAGGUUCUGAAAUGCUUAGUGGAUUCAAAUAUCAUUGGCAAGGGUUGUUCUGGAAUUGUUUACCGUGCCAAUAUGGAUAAUGGUGAGGUUGUGGCAGUAAAGAAGCUAUGGCCUAUAUCUGCGAAAACCGGGUUCAUUCAUGACUCGUUCUCGACAGAGGUGAGAGCACUAGGUUCUGUACGUCAUAAGAACAUUGUUAGAUUCUUGGGUUGUUGCUGGAAUCGGAAGAUGAGACUGCUUAUGUUCGAUUACAAGCCAAAUGGGAGCUUAGGUAGUCUUCUACAUGAGAGGAAUGGGAAUCCUCUCGAGUGGGAAACGAGGUAUCAAAUCUUGUUAGGGGCAGCACAAGGGAUUGCCUACCUCCACCAUGAUUGUGUCCCGCCUAUUGUCCACAGAGAUAUCAAGGCCAACAACAUUCUUAUUGGUCUUAAGUUUGAGCCUUACAUAGCAGACUUUGGCCUCGCCAAGCUGGUUGAUGGAGAUUUCAGUCGAUCUUCCAAUACGAUGGCAGGUUCAUAUGGAUACAUUGCUCCCGAAUAUGGCUACGCCCUGAAGAUCUCAAACAAAAGCGAUGUCUACAGCUAUGGAGUGGUGAUGUUGGAAGUUUUGACGGGGAAGCAGCCAAUUGAUCCAACGAUACCAGAUGGGGUCCACAUUGUUGAUUGGGUACGAAAGGAAAGGGGUGGCGUAGAUGUUCUCGAGCCGAGCUUGUGUGCAGGCCCAAAUCAAGAUAUGGAGGAAAUGACACAGGCAUUAGGAAUAGCCUUGUUGUGUGUAAAUCCAGUCCCUUCCGAAAGGCCUACAAUGAAAGAUGUGGCAGCAAUGCUGUCUGAAAUCAAGCGUGAGAGGGAAGAAUACACCAAGGUGGAUGUCAGCCUCCUCAAGAGCGGCUCCUCAGAGAACCAAGAAUGCACAAAGAACUCGAAAGCCACGUCUUCUUCGGCACAGAAAGAACACAGCUUGAAUAACAAGGGCAAUGAUGGAAAUCGAAGCUUCACCGCUUCAACAAUUCUCUACUCAUCAUCGUCUUCCACUAAUGGCAAUACCUGAUCUCAAGGAGUGAUCACAUUCAUAUUCUGCUAAAAUUGCCUACUGGCUUUCAGGCUAUAUCAAUUAGUUUUAUUUUUUAAGUUUGUUUUGUCUAUAGUAAAUGUACAAAUGAAAAUGAGGUAAAGUGCAUAAAUUAUUUUUUAACUAGCUAGCCUACGUCCCAUCUCUCCUGUAUUGAGAAUGUAUUCCAAUAUCGUAAUUAUAGUAAUUACACUGAAUUAUCUCAAGAGAGUGUACCAUUAGAAGCUCCUACAAAAGCUAUUGAACUUGUUACUUGGUAGUUUAAAUUUCACGUACACUGUAAUUGGUAUUUGGGAUAUUGG